AUGGCUGACCUGUCAGCCGCGGUGGACAAUCUCAAGGACGGCGUCACGGAUGCAAGCAAGCGUGUGGCGGCUGUGCUGCCGCUGUGGGUGAUCAUCGUCAUCGUGGUGGUGGGGACGGGCCUGCUCGCGCUCCUGGUCGGGCUGUGCUGCCUGUGCGCGUGCCGCCGGCGCCGUGGGAGGAAGGUGGCGGGCGACGCUGCCAACGGGUUUUCGGAUAUCCACCGCCACCCUGCCACGGCGCUGCCGUCCGAUGGGGGCAGCCGGAGCAGCGAGGAGGGGCCGGGCGGAAGGCACAAGCUGCGCAAGCGGCCGCCGUCCUCCUCCUCGUCUUCUUCCUUUGGGAAUGACAAUGAUGGUGUUGUUGUCGACGACAGGGGCGUCGUGGUCGAGGAGGUCGAGGAGGGGCGCGGGCGCGGCGAGCCUGAGUUCCGGAACAUGGCGUCUGUGCCUGCGCGGAAGGCGAGCCUGCUGGCUAUCCCGCCGAUGCUGACUGGUGCGCUGAGGGCGAGCAUUGUGUCGAUCGGUGGAGGACGGAGGUCAGCAGGAAGAGGAGGGAGUGGUGGGCUCAACAUCAACAACGACGAAGCCGCGGACCAGGGGAGAAACUGGCACGGGAGGCGGACUUCCGAGGCGUGGAUCGACGACGACGCGCUGCACGGGCCCGAGGUGAGCCCGACCAAGCGGUCGUCGGCGGCGAGGAGGAAGAGCAGGAUGAAGUCGUGGCGGGCGUCGAUCCGAGAGAGCUGGCCGCUCAAGACGCCGAGCCCUACGCUGCCGCACCUGCCGCACUUUGGCGGGAACGACGGGAGGCAGGCCGGCGCCGCCGCCCACGAGAGCGUCGCUUUGUUCCAGUACAACAAGAACUACGGCGGCACCGACGGCGACCGCCUCGUGCCCAACCUCCCGUCGCCGCUCAGUGCCGCCGCCAGGCAGCGCGAUGGCCAGCCUUCGCCGCCCAGGCAGCUCCCCAAGCCGCCGAGCCAGGCCCUGCUGGCUGCCAGCGCCAGCACCGCGGGCCUCAGGCCGGUGAGCAACUUGUACGGCGCGGGACCGGCGGUGAGUAACUCUCCUCGGAGCAGAGGGCUGAGCUACUACAAGUACGAAGACACGGACCAGCCGGUCAAGAGCUCCGGCUCGCCGCGCUCGAAGACGGAAAGAGGCGUGGGAGUGGGCACGGGGGUCGUGGGGCCGAGAGGCAGAAGGCCCUCAGCGGACUCGACCAUGUCGCAGAUCCUGAAGGACACGGAAAAGAGGCUGCAGGACGGCAUGGUGACGGGAGUGGCGACGCGCAACAGGUCGGGAAGCAGCCCCUCAAAGCGCACACCCGGGCUGGGGCUCGGGCCGGACGCGGUGACUGUGGCCAUGGUCAGGUCCCGGUCGCGCACGCCAAGCCCUACAAAGCCGUCCAGGAUGCCGCAUGGCGCGGCAUCGUCUCACGUCCGCCAGGGCUCGCAGGCCUCGUUCGCGUCCGAGCCCGACAGCCUGGUUGGCGACGACACCCCCUCGCUCCCAUAUCACGGCCUGACGAGCCCAAGCCGGUCGAAGCCCUCGCAGCAGCUGUCGCCGCACAGGAGGAGGCCAUCCCUCGUGCCGUCCUUCGCGAGCAGCGCCUCGUCGCUUUCUACUAUUCCGAGUGAGACGGAGGAGGGGCCGCUGACGCCCAACACCACGGCCCCCAACAGCAGCAUACCUUUCGGUAUGAACCAGAUAGCUGGCCUGGGCGAUCCGUUCAUGCCAUCCAAGGCCUCGACGCCAGCCAGCAAGAAAGCUCAGGGCUCAGCAAGCCGUGGAGCUCAUGACUCCGGGGAUCGCCCGCACAAACGGGACAAAACCUCGAACACCAGGUCAGACAGCCCGCUGUCCCCAGCGACUGGGAAUAUGCGAUCGCCCGACACGACGCCUACCCGAGGAGGUGCUCGCAACACAGCGGCCCAGGGCGCGAACAAGACCCCGAAUCCCGUGUCUCAGCCCAGUCGCGCAUUAGUACUCACCGUCCCAGCUUCGGCUCAGGGAGACGACCGGUCCGGCAGCUCCCACAAGAGGAAGCCGUCCGACGACCCCGCGGCGACCACGACACCGAGACUGUCCCUGGUGAUUCCCGGCAACGAAAACAAGCCCAACCCGCUGUUCAAGCGCCUGAGCGACCUGGCGCCGCCGUCCCGCAGCAGGGACCAGACGCCCGAGGUGGCGCACGCGCACCCAAGCCCUGCACUGUCGAACGCCAGGCUGUCGAGCGCGGGCAGGCGGCGAGGUGAGGAUGUGUCGUCGUCGGCGGCGUCCGUAUCGUCAUCGCUGUACUCGGACACGGGCGCCGCAGAACGGGAGCGGGAGCGGCAGAACGCGGCGCUCAGCCGCAUCAGCAUGCUGCUGAACCGGGACGUCACGGCCCCGAGCCGGCCCAAGCCCACGGUGCGCGUCGUGCCGAGGGACUACUACCCCCACGGCAGCAACAACAUCAACAACAACGACGACGCCCGCGUGUCGGCGACGGUGGCGGAGCUGCGCCGCAUGAACAGCCAGGUGAGCACGUACAGCACCGCGGCGGCGAGCACGUACAGCGACGGGUCGUCGGCGGCCACCCUCGCCGCCGUCAGGCCCGAGAGCGUGGUCCCGCCCCGCAGGGCCGCGGCGGCGCGGAACUACCACGCGCUGGCGAGCCCGAUCAAGAGCAGCCCGGACCGCGAGGUCAGGGGCAGGGAUGAGGUGGGAGGCCUGACGCCGACGCGGAACAGGAGGCUGGGGAGGAGCGGCAGUGAUGAGAUGGGUGGCAGUGGAAGUGGAAGUGGCAGUGGAAGUGAGGACGGGGUGAGUCUGUACGAUCAGGAUGGGUUUUAUAUCACGCCCGGGCGGAGGGCGGGGGUGAGGUUUUGA